AUGGACAGAGCGGCGCUCCUGGGACUGUCCCGCCUGUGCGCGCUGUGGGCAGCCCUGCUCGCGCUGUUCCCCUGCGGAGCCCAAGGAAAUUGGAUGUGGUUGGGCAUCGCUUCCUUUGGGGUUCCGGAGAAGCUGGGCUGCGCCAACUUGCCGCUGAACAGCCGCCAGAAGGAGCUGUGCAAGAGGAAACCGUACCUGCUGCCGAGCAUCGGAGAGGGCGCGCGGCUGGGCAUUCAGGAGUGCAGGAGCCAGUUCAGACACGAGAGAUGGAACUGCCUGGUCACCGCCACCGCCCAGCCGGGCACCAGCCCCCUCUUUGGCUACGAGCUGAGCAGCGGCACCAAGGAAACAGCAUUUAUUUAUGCUGUGAUGGCUGCAGGCCUGGUGCAUUCUGUGACCAGGUCAUGCAGUGCAGGCAACAUGACCGAGUGCUCCUGUGACACCACCUUGCAGAAUGGCGGCUCAGCUAGUGAAGGCUGGCACUGGGGGGGCUGCUCUGAUGAUGUCCAGUAUGGCAUGUGGUUCAGCAGAAAGUUCCUAGAUUUCCCCAUCAAAAACACCACAGGAAAAGAAAGCAAAGUUCUGUUAGCAAUGAACCUACACAACAAUGAAGCCGGAAGGCAGGCCGUCGCCAAGCUGAUGUCAGUAGACUGUCGCUGCCACGGGGUGUCCGGCUCCUGCGCUGUGAAAACGUGCUGGAAAACGAUGUCUUCCUUUGAAAAGAUCGGCCAUUUGUUGAAGGACAAAUAUGAAAACAGUGUCCAAAUCUCAGACAAAAUAAAGAGGAAAAUGCGCAGGAGAGAAAAAGAUCAGAGGAAGAUACCCAUCCGCAAAGAUGAUCUGCUCUACCUUAAUAAGUCUCCCAAUUACUGUGUAGAGGACAAGAAACUAGGGAUCCCAGGAACACAGGGCAGAGAAUGCAACCGCACGUCAGAGGGCGCGGACGGCUGCAACCUCCUUUGUUGUGGCCGCGGCUACAACACCCACGUGGUCAGGCACGUGGAGAGGUGCGAGUGCAAGUUCAUCUGGUGCUGCUACGUCCGCUGCAGGAGGUGUGAAAGCAUGACUGACGUCCACACUUGCAAGUAGCCCCUCCAUCCAGCCUUGAGCCCCACUCCUCAGUGACAAACAAGGGACUGCCAUUCCGAGGUGCCUCCCACUGUGCAGGGCUGUGGAAGGCGCCUCCUGCCUCCGAAGUCCCAGACCCUUGGGCCUCCGGCAGCGCUCUCCUUGCC